AUGGACAUGCAACUGCAUGAAGAAGAUCUGCAUGGAGGACUGGGUGACGAGUUGGAGAGGAUGAACUCCAUUGGUGAUCCAAAUCCUCAGUUUGGAAACAUGGAGGAGGUCAGGGAAGGAGGAGGAGGAGGAGGAGCGGGGGGUACUGAAGAUGGGGAUUUCUGGUUGGAUAGAGGGACUGAAGAUAUGCUUAAUGUGGAUGAUCCGUUCUUCUAUGGACACUUCCCACCUCUGCCUGAUUUUCCAUGCGUCUCGUCAUCGUCUUCUCAAUCUUCGUCAUAUACGCCGGCUGCCGUGCAUGCAGUCCCAUGUUCGUCUUCUUCUUCGUGUUCAACAUCGGCUUCUUCUUCUUCGUCAUCAUCAUCUUCGUCUACUUCUUGGGCCAUUGUUAGAUCUGAUGCUGAAGAGGGUGCGGAGAGGAACGACGACCACCAGCAACAGCAYGAGCAGGUCGACGCAUUAAGGCCACCCUUUUUGUCUGCAGAUUCAAUGGAGAUCCCUCCUUCCUUCGAUGUUGAUUGCAUGGACGUUAUGGAGGAAUUUGGAGAUAUGGAUUUGCUUGAUACCACCGAAAUGUGGGAUCCCUCCACAGUUUUCCCUUUUCUGAACCCAGAAGAGGAUCAAGAAGAGCAACAAGAAAUGCGGCAGCAACAGCAACAACAACAGUUACUGAUGCAAGGGGAUGAUGGGGAAGAACGGGCUAUGGCUCAAGCAAACGAUGAGGAAGGCCAAGGCAAGAAGCCUUCGGAUGAUCUUGCCAAGCUCUUCUUUGAAUGGCUCAAGUCGAACAAGGAAUCCAUCUCCGCUGAGGACUUGAGGAAUAUCAAGCUUAAGCGGUCGACCAUCGACUGCGCGGCUCAGCGUCUUGGUGGUGGGAAGGAAGGGAUGAAGCGUUUGCUGAAACUCAUUCUUGAGUGGGUGCAGAACCAUCACCUUCAGAGAAGGCGGAUGAGAGGAGAAGACUCGGCUUUCCCAUGCCAACAGACCCAGCUUGGGUUUCAGAAUUCUAACCCUAACCCUAACAUUAAUCCUAUUUUAAGCUGUAAUCCCAUCUCUCCGGACUCUACCGCCUGCUUCUCUCCGGCCACACCCUGGAUUCCUCAGCCUCCCUACGUUCCUGAACCAACAGCGACAGGAGCGGGGUUUCCUCCAAUGGUUGGCUUUGCCAAUGGAGGUCCCUUCAGCCAAGGUAUCAAUGGUUACUCGCCCCCAACAGACUAUCGGAUGCUGGACCCUUCUGUCACUUGGCCUUCAUCGAACUUCACGUUAUCGCCUCGUUACAACUCAUUUACCGAUCACCAUCUUCCUACAGCUCCACCGACGCACCAAGUGUUCGCCCCAUUUGCCAACCAAUACCCAUGUCAGCCGUUUCAAGGGUCUAGUGAUCGGCUACUCAGAAUGGGUUCUUCGGCGACGAAGGAAGCCAGGAAGAAGAGGAUGGCUCGGCAGAGGCGGUUUUUAUCUCACCAUCGCAGUCUUAAUCACCAGCAGCAGCACCCUUCUCCAAAUACUGACCUGCAUGCAAAGCUACCCAGUGAGGGAAAUUGCGCCAAUACUGCACAAACCAAUCCGGAGAAUUGGAUGUUCUGGUCAUCUUCUGCUUCUGUGCCCACUGUUUCUCCAGCACAUCUGUUGCCAGAAGCACCACCACAAUCUGCAGACCGGCCGCCCAUGCAACCACAGAACUAUCAGCGGCAGAUCACUUCGGACAGGCGUCAGGGAUGGAAACCCGAGAAGAACUUGAGGUUUUUGCUGCAGAAAGUUUUGAAACAAAGCGAUGUGGGUAAUCUGGGAAGAAUAGUUUUGCCGAAGAAAGAAGCAGAGACCCAUCUACCGGAGCUUGAGGCCAGAGAUGGCAUCUCCAUCGCAAUGGAGGACAUUGGAACUUCUCGGGUUUGGAACAUGCGUUACAGGUUCUGGCCUAACAACAAGAGUAGAAUGUAUCUCCUGGAGAACACAGGAGAUUUUGUCCGUUCUAAUGGACUCCAGGAAGGGGAUUUCAUAGUAAUCUACUCAGAUACCAAAUGUGGCAAAUACCUGAUACGAGGAGUGAAGGUACGACAGCCAGGAACAGGAUCCAAAUUGGAGGCCAAGAAGACUGGGAAGAUCCCAAGAAACCUCCAUACUACCUCUCCUUCUGUUGAUGGUCCGUCUUCCUCUCCUAUUCAGGAAUCAGUCAUGUAACAAGAGAGAACGAAUACCUCUCUCUCUCUCUCUCUC